AUGGCCGUCACAGAGAGCAAGGCAAACUUCUCUUCGAGGGCGAAGGCUCUUGGAUUGGAGGAUCCGGUGCUGGUGAAGUUCGUUGACGCUGGCAUUGAUUGCAUGAGCAAGUAUGCUUUCCUGAGCUCAUACGUGCCCGGGAGCACGGAUGAGAGCCCAUUCACUGCUGCCAUCGUCAAAGUGCUUGGGCGUGACCCUUCGAUUGCGGAGCUCAGUGUGCUUCGCCGCUUGCUGCAUGAGAGCUACAACCUAACUGUGUCUGAAUUGCAAUCACAGGUUGAAAGGACCGAUGACUCUGCUCCGAGAAAGCUCGCAGCGCCCGACCGGGCUGACAGGUUGCAGCGACAGCAGGUUCGGCUGAGUGGUUUGACGAUCCACGGCCCGACUCUUCCGGGUCAUGCCGUGAUUGAUAAGUGCGUUCAGAUGUAUGAGGAUAACGUGCUUCAUUACUUGCCGCCUCAGUCGUGCCCUUGCCGUGAUGAUGAGGUCAAGUUCAAGAAGGAUCGCGAUGAUAAGAUGUUGUCCGUUGAUGGUGCCGGUCAUGUGUCUCUACGCACCCAGGUUGCAAAGGUUGAUGCUGAUGUGUCCUCAGACCUUCUCCUCAAGCUGGCCUUGACCCGUCGAGGUUUGGCCCUAGACCAGGCAGGGAUAGUCACCUUUUCGGAGCACGAGCGGUGGGUGGAAGCACUUUUUACCGCGCGUUUCAGGGAUCCACCUGACAACUAUGCACGUGUGACGCUGACGCUGCAGCAGCUUAUGCAGGCUGAUCGGCAGCUGUUUGUUGAAGCAGCAGAUCGCACUCGGCAUGGAAUCCAACUUGUUUCUGACGGCAAGCCAGUUGAUAAGAUUUGGAACGAGGCAAUGAAUUGCAAUAAUGUCACACACCUUUUGCAGCCUUUGGUCGCAGCCCCUCCGGCUCCUUUCAGGCCUGGCCCGUACGAUGACCGAAGGCCCUGGAAGGGCAAGGGGAAAGGCAAGGGUAAAGGAAAGAGCAAGAACAAUGUCCGUAUGCCCGCUGAGCUUGCAGACGGAGUUCCGUCCACGACUCGCGGAUUGCCAAUCUGCUUCGACUUUAACUUAGGUGUGCAAUCCAUGGACCAAACGACUGACGAGAAAGAUGCUGCACAGAGCGGUCCAAAUGGGUUGCCUUCCGCUGAAGAAUUCGCUUCAAGUCUGAUUGGGAAGUGGAUUGAACAGGCUGAUGUUUUGAAGCUUUUCGAUUGCCUCCCGAAAGCUGCGCCGCAACGCGGCUCCGGUGGCGGCAUUUCUUUUACCACUGGGGCCUUUGCCAAGGUCAAGGUGGGACUCCGGAGCAAUGUCGCUGUUUUUCCAAAGUCAACGCAGGUGCUGGCUGCUUUUGUAAGGCAGUCUGCUCCUGCCCACAAGUUCACAACCGUCGUGCUUUUUGAUGGUGUUCGCACGGCCCCGCAUCGUGAUCAGCAGAAUUCCUUCUUGCCUAAUUUGGCCAUUCCCUUGUCCCGUUUUACUAAAGGUGCAAUUUGGGUGCAAUCCAGCAAGGGUCCCCACACUCGGACUGUUGAUGGUGCAACCCUUCAAGGGGUGGCAUUGCCUGUGUCGGAUGGCCCUGUCCUUUUUGAUGCACGCAGGCAGAUGCACCUCACUGAUUCGUGGCAGGGCAGGCGGGUCAUUUUGGUUGCUUUCUCUAUUUCGGCCUUUGAUAAGCUGUCUCUCGAGGCCUCGCAACGCUUGAUUUCACUUGAUUUUGCUUUGCCAACCGAGCCAGAGGUCGAGCACUUCCGUGAGCACCCACAGCUGCCUGCUCGCCUGCCGUGGCCGCCGCGUUUCCCUCUGCUGUCGGGUGCUUCAGCAACCAAGGCUUUUACCGAGGCGUUGGUUCCCAAAGAACCACUUUUUCUAGAGCUAUGUGCCGGCACCGCCAUGCUGUCUCGCUGCUUUCGUGAAGCGGGUGUGCCUGUCAUGCCCAUUGAUCACCAGCACAACCGCCAUCAUCCGUUGGCGCAGGUUUGCAAUCUCAGCUUGACCGAGGAGUCCACUUGGGUCUUCUUGCGCAAUUUGGUGCGUGAUCAUCCUAUACUCUUCGUGCACGCUGCCCCGCCUUGUGGCACGUGCUCCGCAGCGCGCAACAUAAAGCGAAAAGGGGUGUCCGUGGCCCCGCUUCGCUCUCCUGAGCAUCCCAUGGGUUUGCCUUCGCUGACUGGUGUCAACCUUGACAAGGUCAAGGCUGCAAACAAAAUUUACGUUGGCCUUGCCCAGUUUCUUGAUUUGCUUUGCAGGUCCAACAUCCCAUGGACAGUUGAAAAUCCUGAGUCAAGCAUGCUUUGGCAGCUGCCCUGUUUUGCUCAUUUGGUAAAGAAUUUUCCGAGGGUCAAUUUCGACAUGUGUUGCUAUGGUGGUGCACGAUUGACCCACCGUACGCUGCUUACUUCUUGUGAUGCCAUCGAACAUUUUCGCCAGCGCUGCCCAGGUGGGCACGACCACCUUCCGUGGAAACCACAGCGCCGCGCUGAUGGCACGAUGUCUUUUCCUACUGCGCAGGAGGCAGCCUACCCCAGGCCCUUUUGCCAACAGUUCGUGGCGCUGGUCUUUAGGCACUUGGGUCGUCCCUUGCCUGUGCAUCCUACUGCGGCCACGUCUGCCGCUGCUGCCACUUCUUCUGCUCGGCAACCUCGCGGGCGUAAGCUGCCUCCUGUUAUGCCUGAGUUCAAGCGUGUGCUUGUCUACCAAGUUCAUGCUCUGCCGCCUGUUGAUUCCAAGCGUUGUAUUUUGCAACCCCUGCGCGAUGCUCCUUCUGGGUCCAAACUUCUCUCUUCGACCUCUUUACUGCUAAGCGGGGGUGGUUCUGGGUCUUCGUUGAAGUUUUCCCGGGAUGAGGUUGUGCACUCGGAUAGUUCUAGCAGUGAUGCCAGCAGUUGCGAAUCCGUGCACGGUUCCGACAGUGAUGCCUCCUGUGCGCGGACCUUGGAGCCUACUAGCGAUGCGAGAGCUUUUGAGGUUCGCCUUGGUGUGUACGCCUCUCCCGAUGAAUUUCUUGAUGGGUGCAGAAGGGUUACUCAUCCUUUCGAUCACCUGCAUGCCGCUCCUGAUCGUCUCAAACAAUGCAUUUUUGACAUGUUGGUCAAUGGGCCGACCUGGGUUGUGCAACGGAGGGCGGCCCUACUCAGGAAGUGGACGUCCUGGGCCUCCGACCUUGAAGGCGAGGAACGUGCUUUGAAGGAGGCGCUUGAUCCUCAGGUCGCCAAGGUUUUGCAAGGAAAAAGGCUAAAGCUUCUGGAGCGUAUCGCCGGCUCCCUUGGUUGGGUUGACACGAAGGUUUUCGAUGAACUGCGCAAGAAACACAUCGCGGCUUUGUCCAGCCAUCUUCAUAGCUUGCAGAUUUCACACGACCUCCUUGAGUCUCGUGUCCGCGUGGCCGAGGAUCGCUUAGAUUGGUUGGCCCUCUGGAUGCACACUGCCAGUCAGCCGGACCGUCGCUUCGCCCGCACUCAGGCGCUGACCUUCGCUCACGCGUGUGAUCGCUUCGCAAUCGACAUGCAGAGCGUACAAGAACCUGAAGCGGAGCUGCAGAUUCGCUCGACCUGGGACUCCUGCUCCGAGGACUCCCUCGGUUUCAGCCAGAGUGGUGAUGUUUGCUCUCCUCGGGAUGUGGAAGAUGUCUAUGCUUCCUUGACGGACGCGCAGAAGGAGCAUCUUUGUGGUGACUGGCACUCGCAAUCUGGUGCCACAGUUCUUGUGUGCGCCCCACAGUUCGCGCACCCUUUGGAAUCGAGUCUCGAUUCCUUUCGUGAACAGUUUGCGGCCAUCGCCGGUCGCCUCGAUGACUUGGAGGGCUUUACUGGAUCUAUCAUCGACAGCGAGCACCGAGUCUCCUUGGUCAGGCGGGUUAUCAGGUUACGCUGCGAGCUCUUGCUAGUUGUGCUGGUGGAACACAUUCCACCUGUGAGACAGGGCUUGGCCCUUGGCUUUUGGCCGCCCCUCGUUGCUGGGCAACUGAGACUUGCCAGGUGUUGGCGAGCUUCGAUCUUGACUGAGGUGUGGGCCCAAGAUCAAGUGAAAGUAGUCGCUUGCACGACGGUACUUCCCUUCCAUCGGGAAAAGGGGGAACCCUUUUGGAUCUUCUUCACCUCUUUGGCCUGGGGCCCACUCUGUCGAGUGCUAACAUCGCGAUUGCUGGGCGAUCGGCGAUUCUCACCUUGGGUGAGUGACAGGACCUUAUCGAGUGCUUGGCACCUGAUUGGGCUCUGGGCUGGAUCCUUGGCCCUCUUGCUCGCCUUUGGGGAGGAAACUCUCGGACUCCUUAGGUCAACAACACUUGAGAUCUCUUCAGCCGAGCCCUUUGCGUGCGGGUGUGACGCGAUGCAACAUGAGAUCCGCUUGUUAGCUGCCAAACGUGAUUUGGGGACUGGUGAUAUCCAAACUCUUAAAGAAGUCCCGACUCCUUGGGAUCCGGUUGGAAGCUAUGUGUCCGGGUGUGGGUACACUUCUCCUCCGACAUUUGCGGAACCCAAAGUGCAAGAACCAGAUCCGGCACCUCCGAAGUGUUUUGCAUUCCCCGCCAGACGGGCCUUGCCGAUCAGCAAAGGGGGAGACAAUCAGAGUCGCAAGGAGCGUGUCAAGGCGCUCGCGUUGUGGCAAGCGCUCAUAGUCACCUCCGUGUGUGGACUGGCAGUUGCUCUCUCGAAGGCUUCGGAUGCCCAGGUUCCGAUAAUUUUGGAUGAUGUCUUCGCCCACAAGGCUACUUCAACAUUGCGUAGUCGUGCAGGCAGCCUCCUUCAGUACGCCCGUUGGCAGCGAGCAACUUUUGGUGAGAACCAACUUUUCCCUGCCAGUGAAGAUCGCUUGUACCAGUAUACAUGCUACUUGCGAGCCGAGGGAGCUCCUGCUUCCAGGGGCGAACGCUUCAUACAGAGCAUCCGCUUUGCGCAUAGCCUGCUGCAGUGUGCCGGUGAUCUCUCCAUGUUGUCACCCAGGGUCAUUGGAUCUACGAUCGCCGGGGUGGAGAAAAGACCCAUCGUCAAGAAAUGGCCCUUGAAAGUCCAUCAAUUGAGAAAGUUGGAGCAACUUGCAUGUGGCGAACCGAGUGCGCUUUCCAUCUUUGCUGGAUUCUUGUGUGUGCUUGUGCAUGGCAGGCUCAGGUUCAGUGAUGGGCAAAUGUGCUUUGAAGAACCUGAGCUUGAAAAGGGUGAGGCUCACAACAUCCUUACUCUUCGCUUGUAUGGGUCCAAGACCAGCUCUCUUCGGCGGGCAACUCGGUUUCGGCUCAUUCCUGUCUUUGCGAUAAGUCCAGGAGUGCACGGGUCUGAGUGUUGGGCCACCUCCUACUUGGAAAAUCGUGCUGCGCUCGGUUUGAGUGCUUCGGAGGAUGAACCGCUCAUGAGGUGCCCGACUGCAGACGGGGGUUUUUCAGAACGAAAGCUCCGGUCUUCUGACGCUUCGGUCUGGAUGCGAGAAAUCCUCUCGGAUGUGUGUACCUUUGAGGAGCUGGCUAACAUCGCAACACACAGCUGCAAAGCUACGUGCCUAGCUUGGCUCACCAAAGGGGCGGCGACGAAUGCCAUGUGCCGAAGAGCAGGUUAUCAUGUCGGCGUUGAGGGCAAAUCAGAGUUGGAAUACGCCCAUGAUGCAGCCGCCCCGCUUAUCUUUAGGUUGGCCAAUACUCUUGAGAUGAUCAAGGAAGGGUACUUUUCGCCUGACGAGCCGCGCCUCCAGAGGUGGCAUGGUGCUGAGGAUUAUGAUUCGGCUCUGGCACUCUUACGCAAUGGGGGUGAGCCUAAAAGAAUGCGGGCUGAAAAAGUGAGCCGCCUUCUAGCAGAUUCGUCCUCCGACUCUGAGUCCAGCGAAGAGCCAGAUGACGACUCCGAUAGUGCGGAGUCGGAGCUUGAUGGGCAAAUGGCCGAGAUACACGCUCAUAGCGAAACUCUCGAUAGCUCCAGCCAGGCCAUCUUCCGCCAAAGGUGCUUGGCGGUCGGCCUGCCCGGCGAGGUGAUUGAUCGGCUAGAACUCCGAGGGUGGGGAACCUUUGCGAACUUUGCUCAUGCACCGACAGCCACGCCGGGCACUGCGGGAGCCGAAGCGGCUGUUCGGGUGGUUCUGGAAGCUGUGUUGGGAGAUACCCACGCGUCCCAUGAUGCCGCUCUGCGACGGCUUCAUUGGGAGGCUUGGACCUUGACUGCUGCAGACCUUAAACGCAAGGUCGAUGGGACAGACGAGUCCGCACCCCGCAAAUUGCCGGUUGCUGAGAUCGGGGCACGGCUCCAAGUGCUUACUCCGAAGAUCGCACCUUUGAAGCUUGAAGGCAUUCUGGAGCCCAGCCACGCGAGCAUCAAUCUCUUCGCCGCCAUGCUGGAUGAAGGGCGACUUCGCUACAUCGAAUGGUCGAGGCUGACCACCCGUGAUCAAGAAGUGGUUGGGGCAUCAGAGGACAAUCUGCUGAAAGCUUGGAAGCCGGACAAGAGUGGAGUGGUGCGCGAGCACAAGGAUGCUCCUCGCCUUGAGGCGAAUGUGGCCACUGACCUCAUGGUUCAUCAUGCACUUCGUCGUCGAGGAGUCUGUUAUGCGAUUGCCGAGCUCAUGACCUUCGAAGUUCACGAGGCAUUGAUCAACUUUUUGUUCGACGCCUACUACAAGGAUGCUCCUGAGGGGUACCAGAGGGUCACAUUGACUCAGCUCUCCAUGUGUGAUCGAGAAAUCCACCUCCGGCUCAGUGAUCAAUGUCGAGCGGGUUUUACUCUGGGCUCUGACGGAGGCCUUCCCUUGGACAGACAUCUGCCUGUAGUUCUUAAGAUGCGUUGCGUGGAGCAACUCUUGAUUCCAAGGACCCGAGGGAGUGCCGCUCCUGCCAUUAAGACCGCAGCCAAGACCAAGCCUAACCCUCGCAAGCGCAAGAACGGGGAUCGGUCUGUUCCACCUCCUCCUCAACCUGUGGGGGGGCGAUCCGACAUCCGGCCGAAGAAAAGAACUCCUUAUAUGCCCGCAGCCCUCAAGGGUGGUGUUCCCGUUGAUGCCAGCGGAGCACCUCUCUGUUGGAAUUACAACCUUGGCAAAUGCGAGCAUGGCGAUGUGGCGCAAUGCCCUAAGGGCAAGCACCUGUGUGCAGUGAUGGAGGCCUCCUCAGUGGCCGGCUUUGGUGUCGAAGCUGCUGUCGAGACUUCUGGUAGCUCGGUGUGCCCUACUCCUGCUUGUGACCAUUUCGAGCUUUGCCUUGACUUAUGUUUUCCCGGGAUUACUCUGCAGCAGCAUGCGGCAGAAAUCUUCGCACGGCGAGUGCUGAUCGCUCGCCCGCCUACACGACAAGAUGUCGAGCACCUUUUUGACUUGUUGCCGCUUGAGGAAGCUUCGAGAGGCACUGAUGUUCCUUCAGCUUUUGGCUCUGGAUGUUGGGCUCGCGACCAUCGGUUCGGGCUACGACGCAACAACCACCUUUUUCCAAUCUCAGUUCAACUGCUCAAUGCAUUUAUCCGGCAGGUCCGGCCCUGCCAUCGGUGGACUUCUGUGGUCCUGUUUUGCGAUGUGCAAGCCCCUCGGCACAAAGACCUGCGGAACAGUUUUGAUCCGAACCUCGUUGUUGCGAUCAGCGACUUCUCAGGUGGCGAAAUCUUUGUGAUUCGCUCCGAUGGACCUGCGGUUGUGCAUGAUGGUACUGCUGCUCUCCGAGGGAUCAAGCUCGACCCUCGAGUGCAACCCUGCUUGCUCCAUGCUCGCGCUGAGGAGCAACUGACGCUGCCUUGGGAAGGUCGUCGUCUCGUCUUGGUUGCCUUUUGCAUAGCUUCAGUGGGCGAGUUGACAGUUGAACAAACUACGGAGCUGGAGCAGCUUGGCUUCCGAGUACACGUACCUCCCGAGCCAAUGCCUCUCCCUACCGCCACUCCCGGAGGGCAACUUUGUCUUGAAAUCUUCGCUUCGCCUCCAGGCAUGUCCGCUGCGUUUCGCGACCUACAGCUCCGAACUUUGGCCUUGCACCAUUCACCCGAUCGAGCUUGUUCUGUCCCGGUCAUGCGUUGGGACGUCUGCAAAGCUGAGGAUGUCAACUUUUGCUUGCAGCGGUUGAAAGAGAAAGCCGUCGCAUUCUUGUUCGUCAUGCCGCCUUUGAGCCAUGCUACUAAACCAGGGCCGCUGAGCGCUGCUCUGGAACAGUUCAUCAUCUUGCUUCUGGCCACAUUGACUGCAUACCCGACUAACGCCUUGAAAGCCAUUCUUCAAUCGGAGGCCGACCUGCGAGCUGAAGAAGAGAUGUGUGAUGGCUUCAGGGUGCUUGGCUAUGCCAAGCCCAGCGGUCAGUUCCCAGUUGCCUUCAAGCAUGCUUCUAUGGCAGAGGCCGAGUUGAAAGCUGCAGCACCUUGGGUAAAAGGAAUGCUCCGAGCGCCCGACUGUAGAGAAUCGGAUGAAGUUGCCAGGGCCCUUUGGGACGAGGCCGUCGAACAGGCUUCCGACGAUUCCGGGUGGCUGCAUGGUCCACUAUCCGAAGAAGAUCUUGAUCAGUUGUUCCCUGAUGGUUGGAUACCCUCCAGAAGGUUCGGUGUGCAACAGGGAGACAAAACCCGUGCCAUUGACGACCUGAGAGCGUCGAUGGUUAAUGCCACUUGCACAUCCUCCGAAAAGAUACUUCUUCAGGACAUCGAUGUUGUCGCUCAGACUGCAAAGUGCUUCAUGGAUGCAGUAAUCCGGAGAAAGAGCCCAGGGAAUCGACAGAUCGUUGGCAGAGCGCUUGACUUGAAAGCAGCGUACAAACAGCUGGCCUCCUCACCGCUGGAUGCGUGGGCUUCCGUGCUGGCUGUGUGGGACCCUACUUGCAAGAAACAUAAGUAUUUCCGCUUCUCCACGCUCCCUUUCGGAGCGAUCCACUCAGUCACCAGCUUCAAUCGGGUUGCUCGUGCGUUGCGCCUGAUCCUCUUGAGAAUCGUAAAGCUCAUAGUGACUAGCUUUUAUGACGAUUUCUGCCAAUUGGAAACUGAAGCGUUAGCCGAGUCUGCCAAAACCACUGCCGAGCUUGUCUUGCGCAUUUUAGGGUGGAAGAUUGCCGAGGACCCCAAAAAGUCCCUGCCAUUUGCCAAGGUCUUUGCCAUGCUGGGAGCCAGCUUCUCACUUGUGCGUGCCCCUUCAGGCAUCCUGGAGAUAGCAAACAAGGAAGGACGCCUUGAAUCCUUGAGAACGCUGGUGAACUCAGUCUGCGCUGAAGGUUUCGUGCAACCUGCAGUGCUGGCAAGCUUGAAAGGGCGGCUCUUGUAUGCCUCGACCCAUACCUUCGGGCGCGUUGCUUUGAUGGCCGUCAAGUGCCUUUCGAGACACUUGAAAGGCGGCGGGGUGUUGAAGCUUAGCUCGGAUGAUUGCGUUCUGCUACAGCACACUAUCGGGUUGCUUGAGGACAUGCGACCGCGAGAAAUCAAAACUGAUGCGAGUGACCGACCGGUCAUAGUCUUCACGGAUGGCGCCCAUGAGGAGGCAGAGGGUGUUACAGCUCACGGUGGAGUCUUGAUUGACCCAGUCAGGGGCGUGCACCGCUUCUUCGGAGAGCUAAUCCCGAAAGCGUUCAUAGAUUCUUGGGGAGCUCAUGGCAAACGUCAGCUUGUGGGCCAGGCGGAAGUCUUGCCAGUUCUCGUCGCCAAGAUCGUGUGGGCCGAGUUUCUUAAAGGCCGAAAGGUGCUGUGGUUUAUAGACAACGAUUCAGCGAAAGCAGCCCUGGGCUCUGGCUCAUCCCCGGUGUUGGCAACAGUUGCAAUGCUGUGUGUCGGUGCGCACAUCGACGUGUCGCUUGAAGCGGCUCAUUGGUACGCCCGAGUGCCGUCCAAAGCAAAUCUUGCUGCCGAUGCUUCACGCCUAAACUUUGGCUUCUACGGAUCUGAGUACACCCGGACCUAUGUGGACUGGCCACCUAAGUUGGCCGAAAGUGAUUUCAUUAGUGCCGCACAGUUUCUGCAGCCCGCUUUGCUUGGAAAGAUUCGUGCUUCUGCAUCCGACGCGAAUGCUCGCGAGCUGUGGGACAAGACUCUUGAUGAGGUGGCUGAUGGCAUUCUUGAGGGACCGCUUUCUGCUGAGGAGUUGUUGUCUCGACACGGGCCGUGCUGGCUCCCUACUCGCCGGUUCGGCGUUGAACAGACUUCCUCCGCCGGCCGUAAACUUAGACCUGUUGAUGAUUUCACUGAGAACAAGGUCAAUUUGGCUUUCGGCUCGAUGGAUAAGCUUGAUCUUAACGCGCUCGACGAGUUGAUUGGGAUCAGCAGGUUGUGGAUUCGGGUUCUGAACGGGCCGCCCGAUUUCACAAUCCCUCUUUCAACUGGUGAAUCCUUGAGCGGUCGUCUGCACGACGGCUGGAAGAAGGUGGGGUGCGAGCCUCUCCUCACUACCUUGGACCUCCGAGCGGCUUAUAAGCAAUUCGCGGUUUCUGCGAAGUCGCGGGCCCUGGCAAUAAUCGCAUUGCUUGACCCUUCUACUGCUGAGCCUGGACUCUUUGAGUCGAAGGCCCUACCUUUCGGGAGUUCCGCUUCGGUGCUUCACUUCAAUCGCCUUGCGCGCCUAUUCUGGCGCAUCGGCGUGGAGCUGUGCGUGCCUUGGUGCAACUUUUACGAUGACUUCCCUGUCAUGUCUCCGAGUGGCAUUGCUGACAACACCAUGGAGACCAUGAUUGCCCUGUGUAACCUGUUGGGGUUUAGGUUCGCCUCCGAUAAGCUUUCACCCUUUAAGGCCCAAGCCACGAUGCUUGGAGUGGAGGUUGAUUGCUCUCGCUUUUCUGAAGGCCUGGUCCUAGUCAGGAACAAGCCUGGCCGGGCCGAAGAGCUCAUUGCCUCUCUUGACGAAGUCCUUGAGGAAGGUUUGAUUUCUCGGAAGCGGUAUCUAAGCUUAAUGGGUCGCCUGCAUUACACCGACUCGUGCAUCCUUGGCAAGGCUGGGCGGCUCUUCAUGGCCGAGGUCAGGUCGUGGGCAAAGUCGCAUUCUGGACCUGAGUUGAAGCUUGAUGAGUGUGUUCGGAGUUCUCUUGAGCGGUUGCUGAAACGACUUCGUUGUGGCACUCCUCGCCAUGUCCCUUGCUCUGUCGCCGAUCACGUUGUGCACAUUUACACCGAUGGAGCGAGCGAAGGUAGCUCUCACACCGUGGGCGGGGUGUUGAUGCUUCAGAAUCAGGUUCACGCUUACUUUGGUUGCUCUGUCCCUGAUGUCCUAGUCUCGCGUUGGGCUGACUCCAUGUGUCACUUUAUAGGGCCCAUUGAGGCCUAUGCCGUUGCCGUCGCGAGGAAGGCUUGGCACCAAUUCAUCGCGGGACACAGAUGUAUCUUCUACAUAGACAAUGUGCCAGCGCAAGACGCCUUUAUCAAGGGCACCUCUGUCAAUCAUCACGUCAGGGACAUCUUGUUGUCUUUCGAGGCGGCCGAAGAGCUCAGUGCUUCUUGGUCUUGGUUCGCCCGUGUAGCCAGCCAGAGCAAUGUGGCGGAUGCUCCGUCGCGUGGUGACUUCGCCGAUCUGCUUAAUUCUGGGUGUCGUAGGGUUAGUCCCUCGUGCCCCUUGUCGGGUCCUGGCUCCCGCAAGGAUUACUAA